ACCCUGGCAUAGGGUUUAUCAUAACCUCUGUUUGAAUAUUCUGUUUCUUCAAAAGACCCAUUUGACUGAACGACUGCUUCUACGAGUAGUUCUGGAUAUGUCUACGAGUAAGAGCGGCUCCAUGAACUCUCUUAUGGCUUCACUCUCAACGAGUUUCGGGAAAGUGCCUCCAGUGGCUGUUCCAGCGAUGUUGGAUUGCAUAUUGGCUUCCACUGGCUUACCUCCAUCGUCUCUCUUCGCUUCCCUUCUUGACGCUUUCCCUAAACUCAUUAAGGAUAUUAUCGAGGAGGAUGAGAAGUUGGGUCGUGAUCGGUGUAAAUAUCUUACAUCAUUGGUGGGUGCACUUUGUCACCUUCUAAAAAAACUUGGGGCCAAUAAUAAUGCUUUGCAGUCAUUUAUGUCGAGAAGUUUUAUUCCUUUGUUGAAGCUGGUACAUGCAUCUGACCGUGAACUGCUUAACCAGAUUGGCGAGUUGUUCAUCAAUGUUGUGAUUGAGACUAAUUCCUGGGUUGUUGUGGAAGAAAACUUGGUGCCCUUUUUUGUUAGAUUUGUUGGUCUUUCUACGGGUAUGCCUCAACACAAAGAGUCAGAUGCCUUCGAAUGUGCAGUUUUCAAAGGUUUAAAUGACCUGAGAAAUGUUGUGGGUGUGGUAAAAGAACACAUGCUUUCUCCAUCUGGACCCUUCCCACUACCAAUAUCGUGUCAUAUUCUAACCUUAAUGCUGGAUGCUUCCCUUCAUAGCUUGCAAUCAGCUUCAAUCUCAGAAUUGAUUGUGGCAAAUGAUUAUUAUGCAGAGAAGUUUGCUGCUAAUUUAAUUUGGGAUCUUUGUAAUUUGACUGAACGACUGCUUCUACAAAGUUUGGAACACCGCUCCUGCACGAUUCACUUUUUUCUCCCAAUUAUUUUCAAAGCAUUUGUUUCAUAUCGGUCUUUUGAAAUCUCUGUUCAUGGGCAGAAACAAAUACUUUUGAGGAAGAGUUUCCUUGAGAAAAUUUGGAAGUGCUGCAGAACACUGUUUUCUCUUGGACCUUUAGAGAGAAGAGAUGCCUAUAAUGUACUCUCCAUGUAUUUCUCUUCUCUUCCUUGCACAGAACAAUGUGAUGUUGCUGACACAAGUAUGAGCGAGGAAGAAUUCGACAUAAGAUCUGAAAAAGAAUUUUGGGACGAAAUUAAAAGAGGAUUGGUUGAUAAGGAGGGACUGGUGAGGAAGCAGUCGUUACAAAUGUUGAAGAAUGUACUUCCCAUUAAUGGAGGAAGCCAACCCUCUUCUGGUGUUUCGGACACGAAAUUGUGUGAAAGGUCAAUCCCUCGUGGUAUGACAAAGAGGGAGCUGUGGGCUGACAAGGAAGCCAAGUCUAUGGGUAUUGGAAAAAUCAACAAAUCAGCCGAUCAAAAUUUGAACAGCCACCAGCAGUGGGAGGCAUUCAUACUAUUAUAUGAGAUGCUUGAAGAGUAUGGUACUCACUUGGUUGAAGCAGCAUGGAAUCAUCAGGUAUCAUUGUUGCUUCAAUUCUCUAUGUCACAUGUUAAUUUUGCAAGCCUUGUGGAUGGAAUCCAUCGAAACCAGUGUGAAAUUGUGGGUGAAAUCUUUAAUUGGUUAUCGAUUCUUUGGGAACGAGGCUUCUGUCAUGAUAAUCCUCAAGUUAGGUGCUUGAUUAUGCAGUCAUUUCUGGGAAUUGAGUGGAAGAAUUAUGGAAAUUCUGCAAAAUCCGUGCCUGAAACUUUUGUUCUUGGUCCAUUCAUACAAGCGUUGAAUGACCCUGUGCACCACAAAGAGUUUGGUGUAAAAGGAGUCUACUCAUCCAGGAUAAUUGAGGGUGCAGCCCAGUUUUUUCACCAGUACACAAGUUGCCUCAACGAGAGGAACCGAAUUGCAUUUUUGAGCAAGCUAGCAUCAGCUGCUAAGCAGCAAUCUUUCAGUAGAGCUGGAUUGAUGGGUCUUGCAGAAUGCAUUGCCUUAGCUGCUUGUAGAAAUGACAGUGAAGCAGACCGGUGUGAAGAUGCUUUUCUUGACAUGGCCAAUGUGGAAAUUUCUUCAGAAAAUUUUCUACAACAUGAUAAAGCAACUUUACUUGAUAUUUUGAGAUUUGUUAUAGAGAGCAGCAGACAGCAUUUCAAUCCUAAUUAUCGUUUUCGAGUUUGUGACAAAGUCCUUGAGGCUGCUGCUUCAGUAGUAUGUGUGUUUGAAGUGCCCCUGGAGAUACUUUUGCACUUCAUUUCAACAUUGCCACGAGAAUUAACUGACUAUGGUGGUAAGUAG